AUGCCGUGCCAGUGCUUCAGCUCAUCACAGCUACAUCAAAUUGCUUCAACUUUGGGCAUAAAGCGUGCUCAAGGACUAUAUACCUUAUGCUGCCUCGGCUUUGCCUGCCUUGAUUACCACGAUACCAGCAUUCAGAAACCUGGGGACGAUGAGGAUAUACUCGGGCCACACACAACAUGGGGCCUUCAAGCGGAGAAAUGUUUCCGCGAUCUCGACGCUCUCAAAUGUCUCAAUAGUCUACAAACAAAUCCAGCUACAGUACAGAAGUAUCGUAUAGCCAGCUCACCAGGCCUGACAUCGGCUAAAAAUUCCAUGAUUAAAUGGCUAGAUAGGAUCGGGUAUUCAACUUUGGAGCUCAAUCGUCUGAAUGUUAUCCAUAUCGCCGGCUCUAAGGGGAAAGGCAGCACUUGCAUGUAUGCUGAAUCCAUACUGAGCGCCCACCACAGAAGAUACGGCUUUCCUCAGAAAAUCGGGCUUUACACUUCUCCUCACUUGACAUCUGUACGUGACAGAAUUCGCAUCGACUCUCACCCUAUCUCAGAAACGCUGUUUGCAAAAUAUUUCUUCCACGUCUGGAACACACUUGAAGCGAAAAAAGUCGGGCAAGAGCGAGACAAGCCAGCGUACUUCUCCUUUUUGACGUUUCUUUCAUUUCAUAUCUUCCUCCAGGAAGGUGUGGACGCCGCAAUCUACGAAGUUGGGGUUGGGGGUGAAAACGAUGCAACAAAUGUUUUCUCGAAACCAGUUGUUACAGGGAUUACAACAUUGGGGAUGGAUCAUGUCAAGAGAUUGGGCCCAAAUAUCGACAGCAUUGCCUGGCAUAAGAGCGGUAUUUUCAAAUCUAACUGUCCGUCAUACUCGUCUGUCCAAGUACCCGAGGCUCUCCAAGUCCUCAAGGAUAGAGCAUUUCAGAUAGGUUCGGACUUUAAAGUUGUUCCCCUCAACCCAGAAUUGCCUGACCUAUACACAAAGGUGGAGGCGCAGAGACAAAAUGCCUCUCUUGCCGUAGCUUUGACGAAUAAGUUUUUGGAUCUAAAAGCACCUACGGUAUUGAAGCCUACUAGAUACGACGAGAUAUUAGCUUGUACCGCCGAGGCACUCAGACUUACUCAUAUACCGGGCCGGUUACAGUUGAUUCAAAAUGGGGAUCAGUGCUGGUACCUCGAUGGUGCUCAUACCCCAGAGAGUCUACAGGUUACCGCACAAUGGUUUGCGGAAACUGCGCCAAGUGCAUCUCGCAAAGCUCUUAUCUUCAAUCAUGAAUCAGAGCGACGAAGUGGUAAAGAACUCCUGCAGGUUCUCCACAAAUACUUUAAACAUGCCAAUGUCAAAAUUGACAUCGCCAUUUUCACCGCGAAUGAUCUUUGGGCAGAUGGUACAGUAAAACUAGAUUUUGUGAAGAGGACUGAGCAACCGACCUCGCUUGGAAUACAGAACGAUUAUAAAGAGCUUUGGGAACAACUCGAGCCUCAAACUCAGGUGGUGGUGACGAGUAGUAUAGAGGAAGCACUUGGGCUUGUUAGAGAGCAAGGAGAGAUGCAUAUACUCGUCACUGGGGAUUUACAUCUUGUUGGUGGAGCUUCUUUCCUGAUUGAUAUGGGAGCAGAGGAGACCGAGUCAUUGAAGGAUACCUAG